UUGUAAAUAGAUUUCCGUUGCUGCUAUUAUCUACAAAUGAGAAAUUUGAGUUGAUCCCAGCAAAUUUGCAUACUAGGUACGGAUGCUUUCCUUUGUUGGUGGGUAAAGCGAAUGGAAGGGAACAGCCCAUAUAACUAUAUGCAGGCAACGGCUCGUUAACAUUCGCUCCCUCAUGCUCUAUAGACAACCAUCAUUGUAUAUUCCGAUUGGAGGUGUUUGCACAUCAUCAAGUCAUUUCAUUUUCUUGUGGGAUUAAAAUCCCACCAAAUCUAUCACUAUGCGAGAGAUUGUUCACCUUCAGGCAGGUCAGUGUGGUAACCAGAUCGGAGCAAAGUUCUGGGAGGUGAUCUCUGACGAACACGGCAUCGACCCGACCGGUACCUACCAUGGCGACUCUGAUCUCCAGCUGGAGCGUAUCAAUGUUUACUACAAUGAGGCUGCCGGCGGCAAGUACGUUCCACGAGCCGUGCUCGUCGACCUCGAGCCAGGCACCAUGGACUCGGUCAGAUCAGGUCCCUUUGGUCAGAUCUUCAGACCAGACAACUUCGUCUUCGGUCAGAGCGGAGCAGGGAACAACUGGGCCAGAGGAUACUACACAGAGGGUGCUGAACUGGUGGACUCUGUCUUGGAUAUCGUGCGGAAGGAAGCUGAGAGCUGUGAUUGUCUCCAAGGUUUUCAACUGACACACUCUCUUGGUGGUGGCACCGGUUCUGGAAUGGGUACCCUUCUUAUUAACAAGAUCCGUGAAGAAUAUCCAGAUCGAAUUAUGACAACAUUUAGCGUCGUCCCUUCACCGAAGGUUUCAGACACCGUUGUCGAACCCUACAACGCCACCCUCUCCGUCCAUCAACUGGUCGAGAACACGGAUGAGACGUUCUGCAUCGACAACGAAGCCCUCUACGAUAUCUGCUUCCGUACCCUGAAGCUCACUACUCCGACCUAUGGCGACCUGAAUCAUCUUGUAUCUGCAACCAUGAGUGGCAUAACGACCUGUCUGAGGUUCCCUGGACAGUUGAACGCAGAUCUCCGUAAGCUUGCGGUAAACAUGGUUCCGUUUCCUCGUCUCCAUUUCUUCAUUCCUGGCUUUGCUCCUCUGACUAGCCGUGGUAGUCAGCAGUAUCGUGCCCUCACGGUUCCUGAACUCACUCAACAGAUUUUCGAUGCCAAGAACAUGAUGGCUGCCUGUGAUCCUCGUCACGGUCGCUACCUGACUGUUGCUGCAAUCUUCCGUGGUCGUAUGUCCAUGAAGGAGGUUGACGAACAGAUGCUCAACGUUCAGAACAAGAACAGCAGCUACUUCGUUGAAUGGAUCCCCAACAAUAUCAAGACCGCUGUUUGUGACAUCCCUCCUCGCGGACUUAAGAUGUCCGCUACAUUUGUAGGCAACAGUACCGCCAUCCAGGAGCUCUUCAAACGCAUCACUGAGCAGUUCACCGCUAUGUACAGACGCAAGGCCUACCUUCAUUGGUACACUGGCGAGGGUAUGGACGAGCCGGAGUUCAUUGAGGCUGAGAGCAACAUGAACGACUUGAUGUCCGAGUACCAGCAGUACCAGGACGCCACCGCCGAAGAGGACGGCGAGUUUGAAGAAGAAGAAGAAGAAGAAGAAGAAGAAGGAGAAGAAGAUCAAGAAUAUCAACAAGAGCAAAAUUAGCUUCGUUCCGGCAUAUUUGACCACCAGCGAAAGAGAAAAACGGAACCAGUAUUUACCUCACAUUUUUACGGAGGAAAAUAUGUUAACAGGACAAUAUAUUUUCAAAUACCAAAAGUAAUCAGUUAUCAACAAAUUAAUGCUAACGUUUUCCGCCACUCAUCUAGCAUGGCAUUACAAUAUUGCAUAUACACCUAUUAAGUCGAUUCUUGUCGUUAUUAUCCUGAAAACAGAAAAUAUACUCUCUAGACAAAACUUAUUUUGAUCUGCAAAGGAAACUAAGUAUUCGUUAUGGUAAUUUAUAGGUAUUAGUCAAAUGGGACAGUUAUUUGAUUUGAUUUUUUGAAGAAAAAAAAAGGUGGUGAGGGUUUCGAGAAACAUGCCCCUUGCUCUUGCUAUGUACCAUGAAUGUACAAAUUAACAAUCAUUUCGAACGAACGUAUUAACACAUGAUAAUCCCAAAAUUAUUAUAACCAUAUAUAUCAUGAAUUGAUGCUUACAAAACUGUUUCAAGGAUUGUAUAUCCUCAAUACAAAAAUAGUCGUAUGUAUACGUAUUAUAUAAGAUGCCUGCAUAUGUAACGAUUCAUUUCCUAUACCUCCAGGACAACUC